AUGACCGAUCCAGAACCGAUGCCUGCAACUGCAGCCGCAGUUUCCGUGAAAUUGCCGGAUUUUUGGAAAACCGAUCCUACAAUGUGGUUUGCCCAGGUCGAAGCCCAAUUCGCUCUCGGUGGAGUUACACAGGAUACGACGAAAUUUUUCCAUAUUGUCGCCAAAAUCGAUCAAACAGUCAUUUGCCACGUGUCAGAUCUCGUAAAAACACCACCAGAAGAAAACAAAUACGAAGCGAUCAAAGCCCGAUUGAUAUCUCGUUUCGAAUUAACCCCACAGUCGAAACUAGAGAAACUUCUUGGAUCCUGUGAUUUGGGAGACCUUCGCCCGACGCAUUUGUUAGCCAAGAUGCUUGAGCUUUCCUCCGGGCUAAAUGUCGACGAUGCCUUGUUGAAAAUGCUGUUUCUGCAACGACUCCCAUCCAACGUUCGCACGGUUCUGUCUAUUAACGACGGCAGUCUUCCCAAGUUAGCCGAAAUGGCAGAUAAAAUGAUCGAGCUGGUUCCAGACACAGCCGUUUUAAAGUUAGAAUCAGCAGCUAUCAAAAAUGUUCCCGAAAGCGAUUUGGCAGAACAAGUCGCAGCUCUUACUGCUGAGGUUCGUCGACUCAAAACUAUGCCUGGACGCAAUCGAUCUAGAUCAACUUCUCGUCCCCGAUCUGGUUUCGAAAUCUGUUGGUAUCAUCGAAAGUACGCAGAGCGAGCCGAACGUUGUCGUAGUCCGUGUCAGUUUAAAAAUCCAAAAAACUAA